AUGAUUCACGAGUUGUUGCUGGCUUUGAGUGGAUACCCGGGGGCUAUUUUCACAUGCAACAAAAGAACAGGCUUGCAGGUGUCCCAGGACCUGCCAUUCCUCCAUCCCAGUGAGACCAGUGUUCUCAAUCGACUCUGUAAGCUGGGCUCAGACUACAUACGCUUUACCGAGUUCAUAGAGCAACACAGCGGCCAUGUGCAUCAACAAGAACAUAACACAAAUCAGGCCAGCCAGAUGGGACUUCAUGGAAUUUACUUGCGUGCGUUCUGCACAGGACUGGACUCCAUGCUGCAGCCUUACAGACAGGCCCUGCUGGACCUUGAACAGGAUUUCCUUGGCGAUCCCCACUUGACAAUAUCCCACGUGAACUAUAAGCUUGAUCAGUUUCAGUUGCUUUUUCCCUCGGUCAUGGUGGUGGUAGAGACUAUUAAAUCACAGAAGAUCCAUGGCUGUCAAAUCCUGGAAACCGUGUACAAGCACAGCUGUGGGGGGCUUCCUCCUGUUCGCAUGGCUUUAGAGAAGAUCCUUGCAGUGUGCCACGGUGUGAUGUACAAACAACUUGCAGCCUGGAUGUUGCAUGGAUUACUGCUGGACCAAAACGAGGAGUUUUUCGUGAAACAGGGUCCCAGUGCAGGCGGACCGGCUUCAAACCAGGAGGAAGAGGAAGAGGAUCUUGGCCUGGGAGGCCUAAGUGGCAAACAGCUGAGAGAACUACAGGACCUGAGGCUGAUAGAGGAGGAGAACAUGUUGGCUCCAUCUCUCCAGCAGUUCUCCCUGCGAGCAGAGAUGCUGCCUUCUUACAUUCCCAUACGAGUGGCAGAGAAGAUCCUCUUUGUUGGAGAGUCUGUCCAGAUGUUUGAAAACCACAACCACAGCCCAUCUCGAGCUGGCUCCAUACUGAAGCACCAGGAGGACGCGUUUGCCGCUGAGUUGCACAGACUCAAACAACAGUCUCUCUUCAGCCUGGCGGAUUUUGAGAAUGUAAUCGAUCGCAUCAGAAGCACCGUGGCAGAGCAUCUUUGGACGCUGAUGGUGGAAGAGUCGGAUCUUCUUGAGCAGCUCAAGAUCAUCAAGGACUUCUACUUGCUGGGUCGUGGCGAGCUCUACCAGGUUUUUAUCGACCUGGCGCAGCACAUGCUGAAGACCCCGCCGACGGCUGUCACAGAGCAUGAUGUAAAUGUGGCCUUUCAGCAAGCAGCUCACAAGGUGCUGCUGGAUGAUGAUAAUCUGCUACCUUUACUGCACCUCACUGUCGACUACCAGGGCAAAGACAGCAAAGAGAUGGCAGCUCCUAGAGAUGGAGCCACUCCUCCGCAAGACAUCUCACCUCGUGAAAUGCCUCCCACCGGCUGGGCGGCCCUCGGCCUCAUCUACAAGGUCCAGUGGCCGCUGCACAUCCUGUUCACUCCCGCCGUUCUGGAAAAGUACAACGUUGUGUUCAGGUACCUGCUGAGUGUGCGACGCGUGCAGUCACAGCUGCAGCACUGCUGGGCUUUGCAAAUGCAGAGGAAACAUCUCAAGUCCAGCCAUACGGACGCUAUCAAGUGGAGGCUACGCAACCACAUGGCUUUCCUCAUUGAUAACCUGCAAUACUACUUACAGGUGGACGUGCUGGAGUCGCAGUUCUCUCAGCUGCUUCAGCAGAUCAACUCCACCAGAGACUUUGAGAGCAUCAGACUGGCCCACGACCAUUUCCUUAGCAACCUGCUCGCCCAGUCCUUCAUCCUCCUGAAGCCGGUCUUCCACUGCCUGAAUGAGAUCCUGGAGCUCUGCCAAAGCUUCUGCUCCUUAGUGAGUCAGAGCGUGGUCUUGCUGGACGAGAGGGGGACUGCCCAGCUGGACAUCCUAGUCAAGGGCUUCCGGCGUCAGUCCUCGCUGUUGUUCAAAAUCCUGUCAAGCGUGAGGAAUCACCAGAUCAACUCGGAUUUGGCUCAGCUGCUUCUGCGACUGGACUACAACAAGUACUACACCCAGGCCGGAGGAACCUUGGGCAGUGUUUAAGAAGACUACAAAAGGACGACUAUUGUAACCUCUUUCAGAAGAAGCUCCCAUCAGUCUUGUCCAUUGCCGGUGGUCUUUCCUGUGACGUCUUUAAAACUACGUUUGAAAGCGCAAAAAAAGGGCCACUUUCACUAGACUCGACUUGAUCUGCGCUGUGGUCCGUGCAUGCCCGCCUCCUCAGAGAGACUCCCAAAGAUGCUUUCAGGUUUAAGAGGUGGCGACACGGUCAACUACCUUGGAUAUUUGAUAUCCUAAAUAUGUCCCUUUUGUACAAAGUGUAAAUACUAAAAACGUGUCUGAAAUAAAACAAUCCACGACUGAAAGAAGGGUCAAAAUGUAUUAUUCAUAAAAACAGACAGAAUGGUGGAAUACAAAGUAACGGCAUGCAACAGAACAAAUCUCUUGAAGCGUGUUGGAAGUUUGCACAGGUGUAUUAUGAUGAUGACGACGACGACAGUGAAGAGGCAGAAUUAUGACGAUACUGAGGCUUGCUGUGGAAGUCCAGGCGCUCCCCACAGAUGACACUCUGGAUGAGCCACUCGGCAGACACCAGUGGGACUUCCAGUGAUGUCAUCUUUUUCUCCAACGAAGGAGGGCAGGAGUGGUCUGUCACCACCACGUCGUACUUGCCGGCGGGAACGUCUACCGAAGGAAAACAGAUUUGUUACGGAAUCCGAGCGAGGAUAUCAGUGAUAUCCGCGUGGGUCGAGGACUCUGACCGGUGCUGUCCUUGUCUGCAUGGAAGUGUCGGACGGUGGACGCUCCGCCCAUGGUGGCGAGCUGCGACCAAAGCUCCACUGGCUUCUCGAACACCACAAGAACCCGCAGAUCCUUAAAAGGACUACAGCGGGGAUGCCUGCAAGGAAAAUAAGCAUAAAGCUUGCAUCAGCCCGCAACUAUUUAAACGUUUAAAGGCGUCCUUUCCGCUGCUCAUAUCAGGGGCUUUUAGAGUGAUGAUCCAUGAACCUCGAGUUGUGUACAGGGUAAAUCUGCAUUCCACGCCUGCUCUGUUGUGAUUGGUCAAGGGUCAAGAAGUUAGUCAAUGUAAAAUCUAUGUUACAUAUUCUACAUAACAGCAACAUUGACCCUAAGCAGCACAAGUAAAGUAUUCUUUGCUAGACCCGCAAUUUCAAUAGAAAUUGCGGGUAAAUGCCGAAGCUGACCUGAAACAUAGAAUGAAUGUUGAAAUGCGUCAAAAUGUAUUCACAGGCCGAGGAUCGAACCAGCGACCAUUAGGUUGGGGAAACAAGUCAUGGCCACUCUAUGACCUGAGCCAUGCCACCCAUGCACAAAAUAAGCGCAAUGUUACAGUACAUGUAAUGGUAAAUGUAAAACCAAUUUCCACCAAUAGGGGGCGACAUUGAAAUUGUCCAUUUAUUGCCAAUUGGAAAAAUGCCACAGAUAAUAUUGAAUUAUCGAAAAUCUGGGCUUACAUACAACAUACAUAGUAUUGUAUUUAUUAUUAAUGUUUCAAAAUAGUAUUUUAUGUAGGAAAUGGUAUUUUUAUUCAUCUUAUUUCAUUUUAAUUUAUCAUUAUACAUGUAAGUGCAUUUUUUUUCUCGCUCUCUCUCUCCAUUACUGCACUACUUGACUACUAUGUGUCAUUAUCUCGUCUCCCCCCUUAUAUUUAUUAAUAAAUAGUCUUUUGGUAGUAUACAGCCCACUUUGCAUUCUGUCAACUUGACAUGGCACAAAACCUCCCUUCCAUUUGUCACCUGUCCUAUGUCUUGUGUAAUGUGUUUUAGAACCUCGACACGUAUGC